AAAAUCAUUACACGACGCGGAGUUCUAAGAAUUCACUCGUGGCGCUCUUUUUACAACGUAUAUAUAAUCAAUCGCAAAAUCUUGAAAUAGCGAAACGGGAGUAAGAUUCAUCUGUACAUAAUUAUAUCGUAAUUAUAAAUAUGCCUCAUGUAUUGUUAAGCGACUCGAUCGCGGUGGAGUUGGAAGCCCAAGAACCAUGGCCUCAACCCAUCACUUUGUACCAACCAUAUGAGGUGGAGCAGAUUCUCCUGCCUGACAACGCAAACUGCCUGGCGGUGCAGGCCUUCCUCAAGAUGUGUCAGCUUGAGUUUCAAAUAGAACCGAGGAAGAAUGCAGAGUUCAUGUCGCCGUCAGGUCGCGUGCCCUUCAUCAAAUGCGGGACAAAGUUGAUAUCAGAAUUCGACGGGAUAGUUCAGCACAUAGCGAGCAAGGGGAUGAGUCUAUCUGAUCAUUUGGAUUCAGCAGCCAAGGUGGACAUGAGGGCUUACCUGUCUCUCGUAAACAACGUGUUUGUAAACGCAGAACUGUACAUCUGCUGGGUGGACACAGCAAUCUUAAAUUCAGUCACCAAGCCUAGACACGGGAGCGUGUACCCCUGGCCGCUUAAUCAUUACCUGAACUGGCAGAAGAGACGAGAGGUGAUAAAAAGGCUCAACGUGCUCGGCUGGUAUAGCAAGAGCCUGGACGAGGUCUUCGACGAUGUGAGAAAGUGUUGCGUGGCCCUCUCCGAAAGGCUGGCGGACGAGAAGUUCUUCUUUGGGAAAGACAAACCCAAUGAACUGGACGCCUUGAUUUUUGGCCACAUAUUCACAAUAAUCACCACUCCGUUGCCUAACGACAAGCUGGCCAUGAUCGUGCACAACCAUCCGAAGCUGGUGACUUUCUGUAAACGCAUCGAGACUAGCUUUUUUUCUCCUCAAGUUCUGAACAAUCACACUAUCAAUGAAACGCUGGAGUUCAAGAAUUAAGCCAAUGAUCCGACAUCCAUCGUAUCAUGGAUAAACGAAUUAACCAAGGAUAAAUGAAUUAAAAGAAAAUGGCGAGCUUUCUCUAAAUUCAAAAAACGUGAUAGCCCAAUGACAAGGCAAUAAAAUGUGCCAAAGCAAAUUGACGCACGAUU